UUUCAAGAAGCAAUGUUUUUCAUUAUGUCGUGUGUUUUUAUGAAGUAUUGAUCGUUUUCUGGUGACCUUUGUAGAUUUUAUUAUUUGUAAACAAUAACUGUUGGUGCUGAUAUUGUUUUUUUCUCGAUUUCGAAUUAAUAUUUUACGAAUUAAAACGGUCAAGUUUCGCGAAAGUGAUCGUGUUUUAAAAGCAUGAUAUCCUCUAUCAUUUGCGAACACUUUGAUUUAUGUUAAAACACGUGCCCAACAUGGCCUAAAAGUGAUAUCUUUGUUUUGAUUGUCAUGGUCAUCAAAUCAGAGUUAUGAAAUUCAAGUAAUCGAUGAAAUAACGUUUUUAUGAGAAAAAUAUUCACAAUGACCGAUCCAACUUUCUCGGAAGAUUUCUUCAAAGAUAACUCGUUCAUAAAACAAGAGCCAUCGCCGAACGAUGAUACAUUUCCAACCAUCUCUGGCUGUAUGCCGAUUCCGAGUCGUCGAAAUCUAGACCUGUCGCAGAUCCGAGAUUGUAGUUUAGAUUUCCACGAUACGUCUCCACUAAUGAUACAGGAUCACGAAAAAUACACAGAUAUAAACACCAACGAUCUGUGGUCUUCCAGAAUCAACGGCGUCGACGUAGAGUUCACCAAAAUGGAAGACGACGAUAUAUUCCAAGUGGACAAAUCGGAUCUGAUCCAAGACACCAGUCUAUCGCAGUUAACCGAAAUAAAUCCCAAUCGAGACAUACUGGACGAUUUGAACUUCGACGAUUUAAUGUUACCCAGCGAAUUCUGUAUAAAUGUGCCAAAUUUGCAAAGACACAGUCCCGGCCAUCCGCUCACCAACACACCAGCCAACUCGUUCGACUCGAGCUAUUCGCCAUUUCUUGCCGAGAACGCGAGUUUUUACAAAGAUUCGCUCGAAAGCUCGAGCUUUCCGUCUAGUCCGCUGAAUAUUAUUACGAGCAACACCAAGACCUACUUGUCGUUGGAAAGCAACAGUAAUCUGAAUUCACCGUCACUGAAUUCGCCUACAUUGCUGUCGCCGUCCAACUCCGGCAGCACACCGCAGAAACCGAGUUCGCUGCACGAAUUGCUAAUGAAACGCGAUCCUCAUCUGCUAUCGCCCGGAUCCGGAUCUUCGAAAAAUUUGGGCCAAUCUGUACCUGGCCCUAGUCUUUUGCAAACGGCUGUCAGCCGAAGCAGUGCUGUGAGAACUAGUCCUUCCUCGCGUCUCUCUUCAUCGGCGCCCACUCAUCUCGGCUUGGAGCAAAUUUGGCAACGGAGGGAGCCCAGGCAACAUCUACUCUCCACUGGAUCUUUAGUCGAAGCUGGAUCUACAUCUUCUUUAUCUACUGGAGGCGUUUUGAGUCCGGAUGCUUGCGAUUACUCUCUAGAUGAAGCUUGCGAUUCUGACGACGAUAGUGAACAAGAUUUCGAUUUUUCAUCCGAUGAUUCUGGAAGCGAUGGAGAAGGCUCAUCUUCCAAACAGUCGAAAAAAGAAAGAUAUUUUUGGCAAUACAACGUUCAGUCUAAAGGACCCAAAGGUCAACGAUUAAUCCUAAAAACCCAACAAGAAGAUCCGCACUGUUUAAAUGAAAUCACCGAUCCAGUUUUCAGUCCUGAUUGCAGCGUUCAAGGAAUAAAACACAGUGGAAAAGCCAGGAAAGGCGACGGUAACGAUUUAACACCGAACCCGAAGAAACUAUACGCCAUCGGUAAAGAAUUGGACAAAUUAAAUCGCGUAAUUAACGAUAUGACACCGGUCAGUGAACUGCCGUUCAACGUCAGACCCCACACGCGUAAAGAAAAGAACAAAUUGGCUUCCAGGGCUUGCCGUCUCAAAAAGAAAGCUCAGCAUGAAGCUAACAAGAUAAAAUUAGUCGGGCUGGAGCACGAACAUAAAAAAUUAAUUACCUGUAUUAAUCACUUGAAACAAGUGGUAGCUUCCAAAAUUGUGCCCAAUUCCCCAGCAGAAUGCGCCGAAUCUGCGCAAAAAAUUGAUAAAAUGGUCAAACACGCCACAAAAGUGAAAGUAGCCGGCCAGACGACGGAAUUUGUGAACAAAAUAUUAGAAAGUCAAAUCGGGUAUUCCAAACGGUGGCUUGGAGGAGUACUCGACGAGCGGUAACUUCCAUUAGACCCCUACGUCUACGACAGGAAUUUCGUGUGCCAUUCGUUUAAAUUUUGAGGCUUGUUUUUUGUUUUGUUUAUUAUUUUUUUAUUGUAUCUUAUUUUCUUUUUUUGAAAGUCGGUUUAGUUUUGAAAAACCAUAUUACAUAACUGUUGAUUGCGAAGUUGAAUAAUGUUUUGAGUGUAUUUUUUCUUUCUUAAUUUUUUUCUGUCUUUUUAUUAUUUCUUUUCUUUUUUUUUUAAAGCAAUAAUUAGCGUUAUGGUAUCGUAUUGUUAUUUGUACUAUAUUUGUGUGGUCGGUUUAUAGUGUGUAAUAUGUGCUACGCCUGCGGUUCGUGUUUUUAUUUCAAAAGUAAGAUUUUAUAUUACCAUUUCAAGUUGCAUAAUUAUGUAUUUUUACGGCUAAAAAGAGAAAAAAAAACAAACAAACAAAAAAAUGCGAUUAGAUUUAGGUUUAGAUCGCGGCUACUACGCGUCAUUCAUUUUGUACUUUUACUUUUUCUCGGAGUUUUUAUUCUUUUUUUUUUUAUUUUUCAGUUGGUUUGGUUAGAGGUUUUUCGAUGGGGUUUUGUGGUUUUUUUCUUCGGAAGGUUUAUUCAGAAGCAUUUCAUAAACUGCUACAUACGAAGUGAUGUAACAAAGUACAAAAUUUUCUAAUCAAGUUUACAGGUUUAUGUAAAAUUUUACUAAAUUGCAUUUUCUUUUAUAUCAAAAUAAUAUUAAUGUCUUUUUUCUACGUAUUAUAGGUGUAUUUUUAGAUGUAUGUGGUAGCGUUUAAAUUUUUACUUUUUUUUUUUUUUCAAGAACUGAUGUUAUUUAUGUACCUGUUUUUAAAAGUUUUCAGUCAAUUUUCAGCAUUUUGUUACCGUUUUGUUUUAUUUUUCUUUGUUUUUCCUCUUUUUUUCUAUCUCUCUCUAUCGGAUUUCUUCUCUAUACCCCCAGCCCCCCUCCCACCAGAAUUGUAGCGGAAGAAUGUGUUUCAUUUUAUAAUACUGUACCCCUGCCUUCCCUCUCCUAUGAUUUAUUUUUGUCUAUUUUUUAUUAUUGUACAUAGUAUUGAGAUUAUUGUUUAAAAACGGCGGCGACGACGCGGCGGCGAGUGUGUAGUUAAGUUACCAAGUGUGCUUUGUGAUAAUUCCCAAGAUCGCGGUGUCGAGACUCGAGAGAUUUGGUUUAAUUGAUAUUUUCUUUCAUUUGCAGCUCGCUUAGAUUGUGUAUGUGUACUGCGUGUAGCGGUGAUAAAAUAUCUACGUAAAUUUUAAGUUUAAUCUACCAUUUUUGCGAGGCCAAUAUUGUGUAUGGUUCGAUAUAUAUAUGUACCCAAUCUACCCAUAUUACCUAAAUUGUAUUUUCUAUUCUUCCAUGUUCA